UAUGGCGGCGGCGGGCGGCGGGAGGACGGUGCUGGUGCGGGGCCUGCCCCCUUCGGCCCGCGGACCGGACCUAGAGCGCGAAUUCGGCCGUGCAGGGCCAGUCCGGCGGGCUGUGGCCGUCACCGAGCCCGGCAGCGAAACCUGUCGUGGAUUCGGCUUUGUCACUUUCUCCUUGUCGGAGGAUGCACAGAGAGCCAUCCAGGAGAUCACCACUUUUGGGAACCGCAAGAUCAACGUGACACUUGCUAAUCCAAAGCCAAGGAACAAAGGGAAGAAGAAUGGGGGUGCCUCUGAAGCCCCCCGGCAAGUGCAGAAGCCCCAAAGACCAAAAGGAGCCCCGAAGAAAGCCCGGCUGAUUGUCCGCAAUCUGAGUUUCAAGUGCACAGAAGAUGACCUGAAGGCAGCAUUUUCACCCUUUGGCACUGUACUGGAAACAACCCUUCCCAAAAAACCAGAUGGAAAGAUGCGAGGCUUUGCCUUUGUGCAGUUCAGGAAUGUCCUGGAAGCAGGGAAGGCUCUGAAGGGAAUGAACCUGAAGGAGAUCAAGGCGCGCCCCGUGGCUGUGGACUGGGCGGUGGCCCGGGAUAAGUACCAAGCGAUGCAGGCUGCAGCGUCUCCUGCCGGGAUCCAGGGGAAGAAACUCCGCGAGGCCCAGCAGGAGGGAUCAGCCGGUGGCGGGGAUGAUGGCGGUGAUGGGGACGAAGAAGACGGCUUGAGGCCUGCUGAGCCGGCGAGGCAGGGCAGGUACUUUGAGCACCAAAUCCCACCUGGGGAUAGUGAGGAGGAGGAGGAGGAGGAGGAAGAAGAAGUGGAGGAGGAGGAAGAGAAACCCAGCAGGACAGAGCACUUUGGUGAAGCCAAGGAAGAGGAGGAGCUUGAUGAGGCUGGGAGCUCUGACGAAGACGCAGGAGACCAUGAAGAGGACAAGGAAGAGGAAGAAGAGGGCUCCGAGGAGGAAGGAGAAGGAGCAGAUGAGGCCCCCUCAAAGCAGAAGGCAGGCCGGAAGAAGCUCCCUUCAGAUGUCACGGAAGGAAGGACUGUCUUCAUCAGGAACUUGUCCUUUGAUACCGAAGAGGAGGAGUUGGGGGAGCUGCUGGAGCAGUUUGGGGAUCUCAAGUACGUGCGGAUCGUCUUGCAUCGUGACACUGAGCACUCCAAAGGCUGUGCCUUUGCUCAGUUCCUGACCCAGGAAGGCGCCCAGAAAUGUCUACAGGCAGCCCAGGAUGAGAGCGAGGGUGGAGGGCUCCAUCUGGGUGGCCGUCGCCUCCGGAUGGACCUGGCCGUCAGCCGUGAGGAAGCCCAGCAGCUGCGAAACAAGAAGGUGAAGAAACCCACCGGCACCAGGAACCUGUACCUGGCACGUGAAGGCUUGAUCCGUGCUGGCACAAAAGCUGCUGAAGGUGUGAGCGCUGCCGACCUGGCCAAGCGGGCCCGGUUUGAGGAGCUGAAGCGGCAGAAGCUGAAGGACCAGAACAUCUUUGUGUCCCGCACGAGGCUUUGCGUCCACAACCUGCCCAAGAGCGUCGACGAUGCUCGGCUCCGAAAGCUGAUGCUGCAGGCGGUCGGCAGCGUGCCCGGCGUGCGGAUCAAGGAGAGCCGGGUGAUGCGGGACUUGAAGGCGCCUGCUGGGAAGGGCCGGGGCCAGUCCCUGGGCUACGCCUUUGUGGAGUUCCAGGAGCACGAGCACGCCCUGGCAGCCCUCCGCCACCUCAACAACAACCCCCAGCAGUUUGGGGACCAAAAGCGCCCCAUUGUGGAGUUCUCCCUGGAGGAUCGGCGGAAGCUGAAGCUGAAGGAGCAGCGCGCUCAGCGCAGCCUGCAAAAGCUGAGGCAGAAGCAAGCGGGCAAGGGGGCUGCAGCCAGCACCAGGGAGCCCGGGCCCCCUGGAAAACCCACCCUGGGGGGCAAGGGGAGGAAGAGACCCCCAGCGACAAACGUGGGCAGAGCUCCUGCAGGGCACAAGCACGCACCGGACGCUGCGGGGCGGAAGAAGCCCCCAGAGAAGAGGCCCGAGGGCCCUCCGGCAGCCAAACGGCCUCCCCCAGGCCUGCCUCCCUCCGAAGGUGCCACCUCCUGGUCGGGGUUCCAGACGCGUGCAGAGGUGGAGCAGGUGGAGCUGCCUGGGGGCAAGAAGCGCCGCAUGGUCCUGGCUCUGCCGUCCCACCGGGGGCCCAAGAUCAGGAAGCGUGAUAAGGGCAAAGCUCAGCUGCCCUGCACCAAGAAGCCGGCAGCCCCGGGCAAGGCACGGAGGCAGGAGAAGCAGCCCCGUGAGAUGCCGGAGCGGGUGCCCAAGAGGAAGCGGCGGGCGGGACCCAGCCAGGCGGAGGCCCGUUUUGAGCAGCUGGUGGAGCAAUACAAGCGCAAGAUCCUGGGCUCCGGCGGGAGUGCUCUGCCCGCCAAGAGGGGCAAAUGGUUUGACAGUUGAGUGGCUCUGGCGGGGGGCCCGGCCGGCAGUGUUCGCGCCCUGUCGGAGGCCCCCUUCCUCGGCCUCUGGGACUGCUUGCCUCGGCCAGAUGGAGGGAGCCACCUGGCGCGACGGGCUCUUUCCAGGGGCAGCUGCCGCCAGAGCCUCCUGGGUGUCCACUUGCCCCUCGGGGCCGUGCUUCGGAGGCCAUCGUGCCGGAAGGAGGCCACGGCCAGUCUGGAAGCUCUCGAAGUGGGAGGAGGCCCUGCUGGUCCAGGCCUUCUGCCCAGGGGGACGAAGCCGCCGAGGCUGGAUUUCUCGCCACCUUGAAGCUGGCCUGGUCCGAUGGGGAAGGCCUGCUUGGCACGGAGGCAGAGCUGCGCUGGGCUCCUCCGGGUGCAGCCUCUGCUUUGCCCGGUCCCCUCCGGGGCCUGUUGGAAGGGGGCAGGCCUGAGCCCUUGUGUGCCUGCUCAGUGUUUUGACGCUGCCCCCUUGCUGGUGAGGGCGGGGUCAGGGUUGCACUUUGCCCGUGGGGCUGAGAAGAGACUCCUCUGAGCUCCUGGAGUGCUUCCUUCCUCUGGGAGCGGGCCAAGGGGGCAGAUUGCCAGCGGAGGGCCUGGCCUUGGGGCAACGUGGCAGUGCGGACGUGUUUUCUAAUAAAAGGCUGUCUUAGAAAUGCCUUCUUAGAAACAGGGCCCUAGGCCGUGGUGGUUACACCCGUGCGUUCCGAAUGCGACUUCAGCCGUGGCAGCCUGGCACUCUCCUGCGCGCUCCCGCCGUGGGGCCUGGCAGCUCCGUUCCCUGGAUGCCUUCGAGAGUUCCUGCCCCCGUCCCCUCACCGUCCCCUCACCGGUGACUCCUUUGACUGUUCCGGUUUUCGUUGUUUACUUUUUUACUAAUUGGAGUUUUAUUGUAAACCAGGUCAAACUGGCAAUGGGAGGCAGAAUACUGAUACUUUAAAUCUAUUUUUGAAAUAAACACAGUUCACAAGGGGGAUUGCAGCCACUGUCUGUGCGGUUGGAGAUGCUUCCAUGCCAGCUGCCAUGUUCUGGGAC